AUGCCUUCUCACAAGUCCUUCCGCACGAAGCAAAAGCUCGCCAAAGCGCAGAAGCAGAAUCGCCCAAUCCCACAAUGGAUCCGUCUACGCACUGGCAAUACCAUCCGGUUCGUGCUUGCUCAUGCUACACUCCCUGAACGCUUGUGUAAAGGGCCAGCAUCCAGUGCGACGCGGCCGCGGCCCAUGUGCAGGGAUGUUGGUGAGGACGAAGGCUGA